AUGGCUUCAGAUUCUUCUCCAGAUCCCUGGGCCACAAGCCCAAUCAGCAACACGGGCUCGAGCCCUGGGCGCAGAAAACGCAACCGUCAAACCUCCUACGCCACUCCAUCUCCACUCCCGCCAUCUCCACUCCCGCAGGAUUCCGGCAAAAGUUCUCCUCCGACCGGCCAUAAAAACACCCCACGCAGUCGGCGUAGGCGGCCAUUCGGCACACCAGGUGCAGCUGCCACGCCGUCCUCGACCGACGGGGUGCCACCAACCUCCGAGGAUGAUGAGGGAGAUGAUGAGGCCCCGGCCAUGUACGUGUGGGGCACAAACAUCAGCGUUCACGAUGUUAAUGCUGCAUUUCUUAGGUUUUUGAGAAAUUUUAGGGAAAAUCCUCAGCAGAUCGAGGAGGGGAAGUAUAUGAGAGCUAUUAACCAUGUGAUUGAAACUGAGGGGGAUUCAAUUGACAUUGAUGCACAUGAUGUCUUUGAUUACGAUGGCGACCUGUAUACAAAGAUGGUUAGGUAUCCACUUGAGGUUCUUGCGAUUUUCGACAUAGCAUUGAUGGAAAUGGUUAGUAAGAUCAAUGAGGCUUUUGGGAAGCAUAUCCAAGUCAGGGUUUUCAAUCUCAAGACUUCUACUUCACUGAGAAAUCUGAACCCUUCUGAUGUUGAGAAGAUGGUUUCGUUGAAAGGGAUGAUUAUCCGGUGUAGUUCCAUUGUACCCGAGAUUAGGGAAGCUGUCUUCAGAUGUCUUGUCUGCGGUUAUUACUGUGACCCUAUUGUCGUUAAUGGAGGAAGAAUUGACGAGCCUACAGUUUGCGCAAGGCAAGAAUGUCUUUCUAAAAACUCCAUGACCCUCGUUCACAAUAGGUGCAGAUUUGCUGAUAAACAAAUUGUGAGACUUCAAGAGACACCAGAUGAGAUACCUGAGGGAGGAACACCACACACAGUGAGCUUGUUGAUGCAUGACAAGCUAGUCGAUGCUGGCAAACCAGGUGACAGAGUUGAGGUUACUGGAAUCUACAGGGCUAUGAGUGUUAGAAUUGGUCAAACACAGAGGACUGUGAAGUCAAUAUUCAAGGCAAGCACCUCCAGCUUCACUAGUACUUACAUUGAUUGCCUUCAUCUAAAGACUUCGGACAAGUCAAGAAUGUAUGUGGAGGAUUCAGUAACUGAAAACUCAGGAAGUAAUAUUGAUAAUGGAUCAAUUCUUAAUGAUGAUGAUAAGGUCGAGAAACUAAAGGAGCUAUCUAGACAGCCUGAUAUAUAUGAAAGAUUGACUAGGUCUUUAGCACCAAACAUAUGGGAGUUGGAUGAUGUCAAGAAAGGCCUUCUCUGCCAGCUCUUCGGCGGGAAUGCAUUGAGUUUGCCAUCUGGUGCUAGUUUCAGAGGUGAUAUAAAUAUUCUUCUUGUUGGGGAUCCUGGAACUAGCAAAUCUCAACUGCUCCAGUACAUCCACAAGCUCUCUCCUCGUGGUAUCUAUACCAGUGGACGAGGAAGUUCUGCGGUGGGAUUGACUGCUUAUGUCACUAAAGAUCCUGAGACUGGUGAAACGGUCCUGGAGAGUGGGGCCUUGGUUCUGAGUGACAGGGGCAUCUGUUGCAUUGAUGAGUUUGAUAAAAUGUCUGACAAUGCAAGAAGUAUGUUACAUGAGGUUAUGGAACAGCAAACUGUUUCAAUUGCUAAGGCAGGGAUCAUUGCUUCCCUAAAUGCAAGAACUUCAGUACUGGCUUGUGCUAAUCCAAUUGGUUCACGUUACAACCCUCGUUUGUCUGUGAUCGAAAAUAUUCACCUUCCUCCUACUUUGUUGUCCAGGUUUGAUUUGAUCUAUUUAAUUCUUGACAAGGCAGACGAGCAGACAGAUCGGCGCCUUGCAAAGCACAUUGUGGCACUACACUUUGAUGAUCCUGAUAGUUCAGAGCAAGAUGUGAUCGACCUGCCAACUUUAACUGCUUAUGUAAGCUAUGCAAGACAACAUAUUCAUCCACAGUUAUCGGAUGAGGCUGCUGAAGAGUUGACUAGAGGAUAUGUGGAGAUGAGAAGAAGAGGAAAUUUCCCAGGAAGCAGUAAAAAGGUUAUAACUGCAACCCCAAGGCAAAUAGAAAGUUUGAUACGCCUUGGUGAAGCUCUGGCCCGAAUUCGUUUAUCAGAAGUGGUGGAAAAGAGUGAUGUAACCGAGGCUUUCAGGCUACUGGAAGUGGCAAUGCAACAGUCUGCAACAGACCAUUCAACGGCAGGAACCAUUGAUAUGGAUCUCAUUACAACUGGGGUUUCUGCAAGUGAAAGGAUGAGGCGGGAAAACUUGGUUUCAAACACACGCAGCAUAAUUAUGGAGAAAAUGCAACUCGGAGGGCCUUCAAUUCGUCUGUUGGAGUUACUUGAAGAGCUGAAGAAGGAGAAUAAUAAUGCUUCUGAAAUCCACCUUAGUGAUCUUCGAAAUGCAUUGGCUACUCUUUCAAGCGAAGGAUUCGUCACGGUUCAUGGUGACAGUGUAAAGAGAAUAUAG